GUUUAAGAAAAUCUGUUAUCUUAAAACUUAGACGAUUUUUAUUAUUAAAAGUUUUCAUCAAAGCAAUAUAUUUUGUACUGUACAAUGCCUCCAAAAACAUUUAGACGCCGAAACACUGAUGGCAGGAAUCUUUUUAAAGAGCUUCAAACAACUCGAACACAUCUUGAGAUAGCAAAGGAAAAAAUUAAAGUUCUGGAAGUGGAAGUAGCUGAACUUAAUAAGAAUAAUGAAGAGUUGAAAUUAGAACUCGCAGAAACUCACAAGCUGUUGAAAGAAAAAACUGAAGAGCUAAGGGAUAUUGAGAAAGCAAAGGUUUUGGAUAUUCAAAGUAAAGCAAAUUCUUUGAUUUUGAAUGAUCAACACAACACAAAAUCAACCGGUAUGAUCAGACCAACAAAAUUUUAUAAUAUUUCACAAACGUGUAACCGUGAGCCAUCUGUAGCUUCAAAUAUUUUGGAUGAUCAGCUUAAAGAAAAGCCAACCGGUUUGCUCAGUCGUACAAAAACUUAUAAUAUUCUUAAAACACAUAACAAUGAGUUUUUCGUAGCUCCAAAUACUUUGGAUGAUCAGUUUAUAGAGAUAACAACUUCUUCAACCAGUGUUGCGAAAAGUUUUUCACAAAAAUCUAAUAGUAACGUUUCCGUAGCUCUAGGAAUUUUGGAUGAUCAGCAUGAAGAGACAACAACUUCUUCAUACAGUGUUAAAAAACGAGUUAAAUCUGUAGCCAGUAUUGGUAACAUUCAUAAUGGCUUCAAAACUGAUAAUGAAACGGGCGCUAAUAUUGCUUGCGUAGAAGUUGUUAAUAAUUCUCUAAAUAUGGAAGAUAUAAACAAUUAUUUACAGUUCCAUAUGUUUGGCCGAAUCAUUGAUCGUGCAUAUGUUUCAACUGCUAUUGAUUUGCUUAAAGAAUACUUAUUAAAAAACAAUGCAAUUUCUAAUGAACAACGAAUCACUUGUAUUCAAGCCAGUCUCAAACAACAUCUUACGAAUAUAUGUCCUACUUGUGUCUUAGCUGCUGAUGAAAUGAAGAUGUGUCAAAAAGCAAUUACCAACUAUAAUAAUAGUUUAUCUCUAAGAAAACUUGGUGGUACUGGAACUAAAAAAAUUGAAAGGAUUAUUUUUUACGGUUUGGUGCCUGUUUUUAUUUUGAUUGCGCUGAAGUCUUGUUGCCGUGCCUUUCAUGUCAAAAUUUGAUACUUCACUCCUAACGGAAUUUUAAAUUUAUCAUAAUAUAUUUAUAUUAUUGUGAAUA